AUGCCAUCCAAUCCCGUGUUUGUAACAAUUAUUGACAAACCAGGCUUCCGCGAGCUUGAUGCUUCUUGCGCCGCAUCUGCAUUCAAGUCCGACAUCCGACUCAACCAGAUCCAAGUCAUCGGGACCCAUAACUCCUACCACCGUGAAGUCUCUCUAGCUGAACGUGCCGUCUUCGAGAAAUACGUCCCGUCACCAGAGGACUACUACUACUCGCACGCCGAGCUCCCCAUCCAGCUCGAGCACCAAUCCGUCCGCUCCUUUGAACUCGAUCUGCAUUCCGAUGAAAAAGGCGGCCUCUACUACCCUCCAGCAGUAUGGACGCUUUCCAAUCUCACCAAGAACAAUACCCCUUUCGACGGCGAAGUCCUGAAGAAGCCCGGCAUCAAAGUCUUCCACGUGACCGAUUUCGACCCUGACUCCGUUUGCCACACCUUCAUCGACUGCCUCAAGUCGCUGAAGAAAUGGUCCGAUGCGAACAAGCACCACGUCCCCAUCCUCAUCGAUCUCGAGCUCAAGACCGACGCGCCCGCAUGCCAGCUUGGCGGCGUGUGUCCCGGCGAAGCCACAAACUGGACGCUGCCCCGCCUGCUCAACGUCGACGCGGAGAUCCUGUCCGUCUUCUCGAAGAAGCAACUCAUCCGCCCGGACGACGUGCGCAAGGGCAAUCUGACAUUGGAGCAAUCGGUUCUGCAGCACGGAUGGCCCAAGCUGAACGACGUGCGUGGCCGCUUCCUCUUCUUCUUCGACAAUGACGCGAAGCCGGCGGAUCCCAACUCGCCCCGCGAAUUGUACCGCGCGGCUGCGCCUUCGCUGCAGAAUCGCACCGUGUUUACUAAUAGUCUGGCGGGCUCGCCGGAUGCGGCGAUUAUCAAGUACAACGAGCCGCGCGACAAUGGCACGGCGGUCAUCCAGGACUUGGUUAAGAAGGGGUAUAUUGUACGCACGAGGGCGGAUAUUCCGAUCGACACGCUUCUGAAUAGGACGACGGAGAUGCGGGAUUUGGCGUUCAAGAGUGGUGCGCAGAUUGUCAGCACGGAUUUUCCGGUGUAUGGGAUGAGUGCGAGGUGGGGAUGGGAUUAUGCUGUGCAGUUUGAGGGGGCGAGAGUGGCCCGCUGUAACCCCGUCACAGCUCCCAAGGGAUGCAAAGAUGAUGAUUUGGAGUAG